GCGCAUUUUCAUUGGUCGAUAAGGCCCGCAUUCGGGGUGCGGGAGAUUUCUGUAACGCAUGCCAUAGGGCCCGCAAAGAGUUUAUCGUUUUCACUGGUCGUCAGAGCCCGCAUACGGGGUGCGGGUGAUUUCUAUAACGCAUGCCAUAAGGCCCGCAUGCGGGGAGUCAUUUUCACUGGUCGUUAGAGCCCGCAUUUGAAGUACGAGAGAAUUAGGUACCUACAGUUUGGCAGUGGGUUUUGAGAUAAGCAGACGUACUCGCCAUGGAUCAACAAUUAUUGCUUUGUGGAGCAAUUUUGACUGUUUUCGGUGUAUUAAAAAAGAAAUUAAUAACUUCUUUGAAGAAAAAGAAAAAGAGAUUUUGGAUGCGAAAUUUACUUAAAAGUAGAAAGAUGCACGGUGCUUCUAAUACGUUGUGUGCGAACUUGAAUCCGGCAUUGGAAUGUGAUGUAGAAGAUCAUGAUAAUUUUUUCAGAAUACCUAAAAACUUAUUUGACGAUUUAUUGAGAAAGGUAGAAAAAAGAAUUGAAAAAAAAGGCACAUUAUUUCGUGAGGCUCUUCCUGCAAGAUUAAAACUUGAGGUCACCUUACGUUAUUUAGCUACCGGAGAUUCUUACAAAAGUUUAUAUUACUUAUUUCGUGUGUCCCCUUCUAUUAUGAGCAGUUUUAUACCAGAAGUGUGUGACGCUCUCUAUGAUGCACUGGCAGAUUAUAUAAAAGUCCCAAACACAGAACAAAAAUGGAUGGAUAUAAAAACUGGAUUUCAGUCAAAGUGGAAUUUUCCUGGAUGUAUUGGGGCAAUUGAUGGUAAACAUAUAAACUUGCGAGCUCCAGCCUGUAGUGGAUCUGAGUUCUAUAAUUAUAAAAAAACUUUUAGCAUUGUUUUACUAGCUUGUGUCGAUGAUGAUUAUUCAUUCACUUAUAUUGAUAUUGGAGCAAAGGGCAGAUAUUCUGACGGCGGAGUUUUUAGUAAUUGUUCUUUAAAACGAGCAAUCGAUGACGGUAGUCUGAAUAUUCCAGCAGAAAGUGUUAUUGUUGCGGAUGCUGCAUUCCCGCUUCAAAAUAAUAUAAUGAAACCAUACCCGGGAAAUAAUCUAACGACACGGCAAAAAAAAUUUAAUUACCGUCUUUCAAGGGCUCGGCGAAUUGUAGAAAAUGCGUUCGGUAUAUUGGCAAGCCGAUUUCGAAUUUUUGAAAAACCAAUAGCCAACAACGUCAAGGAUACCAUAAAAAUAACAAGGACAUCUUGCGCGCUUCAUAAUUGGCUAAGAAAAAAUGAUUCUAAUUAUCUUGAACCUGGACUUGCGGAUUAUGAAGAUAUCUCUACUGGUAUAACAAUUAAUGGCUCCUGGAGACAAGUGCCUCUUCGAAACUUCGAGAACAUGGGAGAAGAUAAUACCUUAACUGAAAAUGGGACAACAAUUCGGGAUAGAUUCGCUGAUUACUUCAGUAGUGAAGGUGCAGUGCCGUGGCAAACAAGAUUUAUUCACUAACAUUCCGGAACAAUUUGAGGGUAGACUGCACUAGGGACAGCGCCGCGGCAGAACCCACUAUGCCCCGCGGCACUUGUUUCUUUAAUAAUACACUUCUCAUGAAAAAAACGAAACAUUUCGAUUUUUAUUUAACUUAUGAUAAUAAAACAGGAAGUACCUAUAUAAAAAAAAAUAUUUCAAUUGGAUCAUCAAUUCAUUAACAUUUUUAAUUGAACACCUCAUAGGUAUCGCUACUAACCUAAACACACAUUUUUUCAGUAAUCUUUAAAAAACAAACUCGCGAGGUGUUUUUUUUUAUGAGAAGUGUAUUAGAUAUUU